AUGGCUGAGAUACAUUUAAUCGGUCAGGUUUUAGACGCAAUCGAUUUCGACGAGCCAAAUUUGUUCUGCAAGUGGAGCAUUCAGAUCUCGAAGUUUUGCAAGGUCAUCGAAGGUCAUUCCGAAGCGGUAACGUGCACGAAUCGCAAUCGGUUCGAGGAAAAGUUGGCAGUUUUUGCGUCGCCGAUAGAUUUGCAUUUGUCGUGUCGCUCGGUGCACGGUUGGCCCAAAAUUCACAUCGAAAUUUACUCCGUUGAUGGUUUGGAAAAGUGUCAUCCGAUUGGAUUUGGAUUUGCUCAUAUUCCAAUUAAACCCGGAUAUCAAUUCUUGGAAAUACCGACUUGGAAAGUAGCUACAACGAAUAUUUUGGACUCAAUUCAAGAUAAAUUCCAUACUUCAGGACUUACCGUCGAAAAAAGUGACUUAAUUUACUCCGGAAUUGAACGUUACAAGCUUCGAACUGCAUCCGCAGGAACUGUUCGUGUCGAAUUGAUGGUCAUUCUGAAAAAUUUAGGCAAAUUUGGCACUGAAAUAAAAUGA